GGGCGUCACCGGGACGCAGACAGACACAGCGCCGUCCCAAGGGCAGCAGCUUCUUCGCACCUGGCAGAACAGCCCCGGACAGCUCUCAAAAUGUGUGACGCCUUCGUAGGGACCUGGAAAAUGGUCUCCAGUGAGAACUUCGAUGAUUACAUGAAAGAAGUGGGAGUGGGCUUUGCCACCAGGAAAGUGGCCGGCAUGGCCAAGCCCAACAUGACCAUCAGCGUCAAUGGGGAUGUGAUCACCAUUAAAUCGGAAAGUACCUUUAAAAACACGGAGAUCUCCUUCAAACUGGGCCAGGAAUUUGACGAAGUCACUGCAGACGACAGAAAGGUCAAGAGCCUCAUCACCUUAGACGGAGGCGCCCUCGUGCAGGUGCAGAAGUGGGAUGGGAAGUCAACCACCAUCAAGAGGAAGCGAGUGGAUGAUAAACUCGUGGUGGAGUGUGUCAUGAAAGGCGUCACUUCCACCAGAGUUUACGAGAGAGCGUGAGCCGAGGGAGUGACCUGGACGGACGUUUGCAUCGAGCUCUGUGACGUUCUGCUGGAUAUAUUGUCCAAACGUAUAUUGUUGUUGUCCACUAAUUAGCAAGCAACUAACUUCCCCCAAUCAGAAUUUAUUCAAUGUGGUUGCAUUGGUUAAAUAAAACAUUUUAGAGUUAGAAGGUGAUGUAAUGAUUUCUUCAUUGUGCCAGAGAAUUCUUCUAACUCAGUGCAAGAAAUAGGAAAUUGUACCAUUGCUUUGUUUCUGGUGUAAGCAAUAUGGCUUUUCAUAAUAAUCCAAGGUAAAACGUAUAAUAUUCAUGAAUUCCCCAUGUCUUGGUAAUCCAAGGUAAAACGUAUAAUAUUCAUGAAUUCCCCAUGUCUUGGUAGAAAUUGAUAAACAUGCUAUUAUGAAA